AUGAGUGUUGAACAUCAUCCCCAACAGCACCAUCAAGCUCAAAUCCAACAGCAGAUGCAACAACAACAGCAGCAGCAGCAAUCAGAGACCCCACAGAGACAGGUAUCUUUUAAUGUUUCUGACCACUAUCAAAUACUAGAGAUUGUCGGUGAGGGAGCUUAUGGUAUAGUUUGUUCAGCCAUUCAUAAACCAUCGCAACAGAAAGUAGCCAUCAAGAAAAUCGAACCAUUUGAAAGAUCAAUGUUGUGUUUGCGAACAUUACGUGAGUUAAAACUUUUAAAACAUUUCAAUCAUGAAAAUAUCAUAUCGAUACUUGCUAUACAACGACCAUAUGAUUAUGCCCAUUUUAAUGAAAUUUACUUGAUUCAAGAAUUGAUGGAGACUGAUUUACAUCGAGUGAUACGUACACAAACCUUGACUGAUGAUCAUAUACAGUAUUUCACGUAUCAAACCUUACGAGCUUUGAAAGCCAUGCAUUCAGCUAACGUAUUACAUCGAGAUUUAAAACCACUGAAUUUAUUACUAAACUCUAAUUGUGAUUUGAAAAUUUGCGAUUUUGGUCUUGCUAGAAGUAUCGCAUCACUGGAAGAUAAUUUUGGAUUCAUGACGGAAUACGUCGCUACUCGAUGGUAUAGAGCCCCUGAAAUCAUGUUGACUUUUCAAGAAUAUACCACGGCAAUUGAUGUUUGGUCAGUAGGGUGCAUAUUGGCAGAAAUGUUGAGUGGUAGACCUUUGUUUCCAGGAAGAGAUUAUCACAAUCAGUUGUGGUUAAUUAUGGAAGUGUUAGGUACCCCCAACAUGGAAGAUUACUAUAAUAUCAAAUCGAAACGAGCAAGAGAGUAUAUUCGAUCAUUACCAUUUUGUAAAAAGAUUCCAUUUGCUGAAUUGUUCAAAAAUGUUAAUAAUGCACCUAUAAAUCCACUAGCGUUGGAUUUAUUGGAAAAAUUACUUAUAUUUAAUCCUGCUAAACGUAUCACCAUGGAAGACGCUUUGAAACACCCAUAUUUACAGUUAUAUCAUGAUCCAAAUGAUGAACCUGUUAGUGAAAAAAUACCUGAAGAUUUCUUUGAUUUUGAUAAAAAGAAGGAUGAAUUGACUACAGAAGAGUUAAAGAGAAUGUUGUAUGAAGAAAUCAUGAAACCUUUGUAG